UGUGACUCGACCCUAUUCCCCUCCAGUCAGGAGUAUUUGCCCAACUUUAACCCCAUAGCUCUGAAGGACUCGGCUCUGUCCACCAAUAAACCCAUCGAGGUGCGCGGCCCGGGAGGCAAGGCCACUAUCGUCCACGCUCAGUACAACACCCCCAUAUCCAUGUACUCUCAGGACGCCAUCAUGGACGCUAUUGCCGGACAGUCACAGUCCAAGGGCCAUGACGGUGAGGAUGUUCCUGCUGGCUCCCCCCUGGCCGGUUCCCUGCCUGUGAAGGACCCGGUGGUUGACAGUGCGUCUCCAGUCUACCAAGCUGUGAUCCAGCAACACGACAGAGACGAGGAGAUGGCCAGACGGGCUGCCAAUCUGCAGUCCAAGAGCUUCAGGAUCCUGGCCCACCUCACCGGCACAGAAUACAUGCAAGACCCAGAUGAGGAGGCCCUGCAGAGAUCAAGGGAUAAGUUUGAGUCGGAGGUGAAAGGACCUCGCUUCCGCAAGCUGAAGAACUGGCACAACGGGCUCUCAGCUCAGAUCCUCAAUGUCCCUGAGACUCCCGUCUAAUUGAUCUGUCAGAUCUAUCCUUUACCUUUGGAAUGUUUGGAAUGUCUUUCCUUUGUUUUUCUUUUUGGUUGUUCUGUCUCUCCUAACUGAUAGGGAACUGUACAAAAACAUAUUUAAGAGAAAUUGUAAUCAUGUAAACACACACACGCUUGCGAACACGCACACAUGCACACAAUUAUUUACGCAUGCUAAAUUAACAAAAAUGCACAGACAAAUACAUAAGAAUGUACAAACACCCACAAAUUUAAAAUGUACUAUUAUCAACGUGAAUAAAUAUUUCCUUUAAAACAAA